UGCUGGUAAAGGAAAGUCUAUGUUAUUUUCAAUAUCUAUUUUUUCUGUUCUUUUUUCGCCCUCUAUGAGAAACUGAUCGAUUCUGUAUUUGAUAGUGCGCAGUCUUGCCGUAAGCCGACAAUAAAGGAAAAUUAAUGAAUACAUUGAACGUCGACAGUGGACAUGUACACUAGAAGACAUAUGGCUCACCACAAACGCACGUCUGUGGCGUUUAGAACUGGGAUCCUCAUUUGCCUUAUAGCUGUCGUUCCUAAUCUUGUUCCCGGUCACGCUGUCAGACUGAACGGCGCCGGGGCGUCCUUCCCACGUGACGUGUACGCCUCUUGGAUUCCGGCGUACAAGUCGCACAGGAGUAAGUUCAAGACCUUGGAGAUGGUGUACGAGGCGUUAGGUAGUGGCGUGGGACAGGCUCGGAUAAAGGGCAUAUCGGGAUCUCCUGUGGAAUACGCCGGAUCCGACUCUCUUCUGAAGAGUACAGAUUACGAGUUGUAUCCCGACCUCCAGAUGUUUCCCACCAUGGCAGGCGCUGUCGUUUUGUCGUUCAACCUACCCGGUAUCACGUCCGUGAACCUGACGAUGGACCACGUCGUUCGGAUCUACAUGGGCGACAUCGCCUGGUGGAACGACACGUCCAUCCAGUCCAUCAACCCGUCCGUGGAGCUCCCGCGACACCGGAUAGUGCCCAUCGCCAGGCAGGACAAAUCUGGCACGACGGAGAUCUUCACCACAGCUUUGUCGGCAGAUCCCACGUGGCAGAAUCGCUUCGGCAUCUUCAACAAGGGACUGGACCCUAACGACCGCCCGUACGUCUGGGACGGCGGUGUCGUCAAGGUGUACGGCCAGUCUACGCGCGGGAUGGCCGGUAUGAUCGUGUCUAUUAAAUACUCCGUGGGCUACCUCGUCAUGUCUGAUGCCGCCAUUUCAGGGCUGCAUUACGCUUACCUACAAAACCGGGCUGGACGAGUCGUGACGCCGUCCACGGCGUCGGUCCAGAGCAGCAUGGACGAGUUCGUCGCCUCCUUCGACUCCCGUCUGACGGCCUCGCUGGCCAACCCAUCCAGUCCUGGGGCCUACCCGAUAGCCGGGUACACGUACAUGAUCGUCAAGCUGACCACCAUGGAGGACUGCGAGUCGGCCAAGGAGUUGGUUCGCUACAUCAAGUGGUUCUACACCCACGACAUCCCGCGGAACGACUGCGAGCAUCUCUUCAUGACGCCUCUGUCCAAGAAGGUGUACACCCUAGUGCUGGAGCACGUCCUCAGAAGGAUGACCUGCAAAAGGAAGAACAUCGCGGCUAUGGUCAGAGAGGAGAUGGCCGAGGAAGAGCUGAGUCUGCAGACCUGGAGGAUGCCCGUUUACGUCACGGCGCCGCUGUUCGGAAUCGUUCUGUUGAUCGUUAUCCCAGGCUACAUCGUCUGGAAGCUCACCAGAACGCAUUGGACCAUCUUGAACAACGGGUGGAAGGUCGAUUACAAUACAAUAAGGUUCCAAAACAAGUCACUGCUGUCGAAACAGUCUCUGGGCAACGGUUAUGGCAGCAACAAGAUUUCUCCGUCGUACAGUACGUUAAAUUCCUCAUUUAGUUCAAGCAGCGCCUCGUUGUUUGGUGACUGGGGAAAUUGCAGUGUUGUGUUACACGAGGUGUUUUUAAGUGACAGUCAUUUGAAAUACAGCAUCAAAAAACGGGUGUUGUGGAUGAUGACGAAAAUCUCGCAUAAGAACAUAGCGUCUUUCUACGGUCUAGUGGAUAUUGAUGGCGUCUUCCACACGCUGUCGGAAUAUUCCUCGAAAAGCUCGUUAGCCCACUUCUUGCGCAGUUCAAGUUUGAACGCAACAGACGAUCUCAAGUUUGCAAUUGCUGGAGAAAUAUCUUCCGGAAUGGUCUAUCUUCACAAAAACAACAUCAUACACGGUCAGCUAUCGUGUGACACAUGCUUUUUCGACGUCAUGUGGACCCUCAAAAUCUGUCAAUGGCAGGAGUGCGAUAUCGCAUCACUGUGUAAGAAGAACAUCGUGAACUGCGACUUCAAGACCAUCAGCAAAUGGGACUCGCCCGAGUUCUGGACAGCACCAGAGAUCUUUCAGUUCGGCAGCAACCCGACGAAAUCCAGCGACGUCUACAGCUUCGGGGUGAUCAUGCAGGAGAUCUUCAGUCGCGAGUUACCGUUCGUGAACUGUGCGAAGGACAAAUCACCGGCAGAGGUACUGGAGCAGGUCGUUGUCGGUUUCCUGAGGCCGCCGUUUUCUCCCAACAUGCACAUAACGUCCAGGGUGCUGAUGGAGUCCGCUUGGGAGAUGGACCCGAUGGGGCGGCCGUCGUUUGCGUCCCUGCAGAGCGGGAUCGUCAAGGCGUUUCCGAAGCAGCGCUCCAUCAUGGACUGCAUCGUGAGGUCUCUGGAGCAGUACGUGGCGGAGCUGGAGGGUCAGGUGUGUUCGAGGACGGAGGACGAUGGAGUCGCGGAAAACAGCAGCACGUUACAGAGACCCGACAGAUUUGACGAUGUCCUGGGAUACGUUAGAGGACCCAUCAGUAUGCAAGAGUACACGUCGACAACAGUCAUGGCGUUAGACAUUCAAGGUAUUGACAAAAUGGCGGACAAAGGCCGUAUCCACCAAGAUCUGGACGUUCUCCGCCAGUUCUCCAGCGCCUGGAACAAGAUUCUCACUCGCGGCGCCAAAACGACCAUCUUCGACGUGUCCACCGAUGGCUUCAAGCUGGUGUCUGGCGCCCCGGAGCUGAGCCAUGACCACGUCGGCCUGAUAGCGCGGACAGCAGAGUCUCUCCUGGCUGCCUCCAAGACCAUCCUGGCCAUCAUGAAGACGGGCCAGUCGCUCAGUGUGAGGAUCGGGGUCGCCACAGGGUCAGUGAUGAUGGGCGUGGAAGCCUCUCUUCAGUGCUCGCAGUCUCUUGUGAUCGGCGGUGCGGUCGGAGAGGCACGAAUGUUGGCGGACGCGGCCGAACCGUGGACGAUUCUAAUUUCGGAGAAGGUAGAGACGGUGUUGCAGAUAUUACGGAAGUGGAGCAUCCUGCAGAACAAGCAGACUGUUCUCAAGGACAACAAACCAAUACAAACAUUCUACUUGGUUGGCAGUAAAGACGGACUGGACAUGUUCUACCCCUGUGACCAGAAGUAGCAGACAGUCACAAUAUUUCUUACAAAUCAGGCGCGGAUUCAAGAGGGUGUUGUUGGCAUGCCUAUUCCUCCCCGAUCGCCAAAGUGCCAUGAACACCCUGUUUUCAACGGAUGAAUAUUAUGAAUUUAUUUACAGUGUGGUUGGUGUAAUAUCUUGCACGGAUUUGUCUCUGGAUAUGUUUUGCCUGUGCUCAAUGCAUGCUAAUGUGCUUUUGUAUGCUAUAAAUACCCUUUUAUAAAAGUUGCUCAUCUUGCCUAAGAGACGAGUGGACCUGCAUCGAUGAAGGAGAGAUCCUUUACUUCGAAGAGUCGAGAUCCUUUACUUCGAAGAGUCGAGAUCAAUUAUUUGGAAGAGUCGAGAUCCUUUAUUUGGAAGAGUCAAUAUCCUUUAUUUGGAAGAGUUGAGAUCCUUUACUUCGAAGAGUCGAGAUCCUUUAUUUGGAAGAGUCGAGAUCCUUUACUUCGAAGAGUCGAGAUCCUUUAUUUGGAAGAGUCGAGAUCCUUUACUUCGGAGUGUCGAGAUCCUUUUAUGGAAGAGUCAAGAUCCUUUAUUUGGAAGAGUUGAGAUCCUUUACAUCGAAGAGUCGAGAUCCUUUACUUCGAAGAGUAGAAAGAGAGACCCACUACCAUUGUCCACAACUGACAAGAACCUACAGCGGCUGGGUGAGGGUAACGUUGCAUUCUCAGAUUGGACAUUUUCUUGAGCAGUGAAGAUUUUUGAUGAGCUGUACACCAUGCAUGCCGAAUCCCAAGGAAACACGUUUCCCAUUGUGUAUUCUUUUCUCCCCAACAGCAUAAAAGACACAUAAGUAUGGAAAUUCCAAAACAUUCAAGAGGCUGGCCGUAAACCUAUAUUUCCAUAUGGCUCCAAAGCAGCGUUCGAAAUAGCACUUGUCCGUGGUUGUGCCUCUGUGAUUGUCUAGUCAGAGGCGGAUCUAGGGUGGGCGGCAGGGGCCCGGUCACCCCCUAAAUUUUGCGAUAGUUAUAAUUUUAUUAUAUAUUAAUUUUCAUUUUUUACGAUCACUCUCCAAACCUCCCCCAAAGUUCCCUUGGCAUUCCACCUCAUGUCACUGCCUCCCCCCCCAUAUGGAUUUUCUGGAUCCUCUACUGCUAGUUGGCAAGUAAACGUGAAUAAUGUUUCAUUCUGAGCAAUAACAAACAUUGUCCUUGCACUUGAAUAAAAUUAACAACAAGUGAAAAUAUUGGUGGACAAGUAGAUUUCUAGAUGUACUUAGCCAGUGGACUAGUGGAAAAUUACGCUUAUUUCAUUCACUGAAAAGAUGUUUCACAUGGACUUUGAGACGCUGUACGAAUUGCAUACAACCAAGAAGCUAUUUUUUUAUGAUAGUGUAUUUGGUUCGGUGUAUUUGUCGGUGUCGUUCGAGUCGUACACAACAGGUGGCAGCUUAAUAAUUCAAGAACGAUGACAUACAAAAUGUAGUAACACGUGCUUCAACCCUUCCGGUGGUGCCGUUGGAUAAAGUUGAGGACGUUUGGGCUUAAACCGUUGCCAACAGUUCCCAGGAUGAAAGGUUGAUGCCCCAUUGUUCAAAGUAUAGAUAAAUUAACCCUGGGUUAGUCUAAUAUUUUCUUUUUAUUACGUUUGCACAAAUAAAAAUAUACUUUGGA